UGAAUAAACCUGAACCCAUGAGAUGAGCUUGCCAUCAAGGUAGAGAUCUAUAUUGGAGAGAUAAGGAGAUGGUCCUCGGUCUAUAAUGACCUCGUUCAACACUAACUGGUUUGUGCUUGGGUCCAACUACAAAUAUUAAACAAUUAAUUCUUUUGUUAAAAUUAAAAUUUCACAAAGAAAAUGCGCAAAAAGGCCUUUGCAAAUUUCGCAAUAUUCAAAUAUAUUUGAAUCGAAAAUGUCAGAGGAUAGGCUGUUUGAAUUUAUGUCUAUGACUAGAAGUUCUCAAGAGUCAAGUGACAUACUAAUCUAUACAAAUGAUAACCAAUCGUUCCUAGCAACCAGACUAAUGCUAGUUUAUAGUUCACCAUUCUUUGAUGUUCUGUUAAAUGGACCGUUCAAGAAAGGAAAGAAAUUAGAACGUCAACAAACUUCAACAAUAUAUUUGAAUAUGACAAAAGAUGAGCUGUAUCCAGUUUUAGCUCGAGCGAUGUACGGUGAAGACCAUGGAUUAAGGUGCACAGAAGAAGAUGUGUGGAAAUUUAUCUUAAGUUGGAACAGGGCUAAUAAUACAGAGCCUUCACUCGCCCUUCUCUUAACAGCCCGGUUUGGAAGGAUGGAUGAUGAUGAGGAUUGGGAGUAGCAGAGAACAGUCUCUUUAUUAUGUACCUAAUCCAUUUAUUGAAAUCAGAAAAAGCUGUUUUUUAAAUCUUUUAUGAAAUAAAACUUUAUUACAAUGCUU